CCUCUCGUUUCUCUUGGUCAAAAGGCGGGAAGAGGCAAAGGACUUCCUAGGGUUUACUGUGCUCAAUGGAGGUCGACGCCGCCUACCCCGCCGCCGCCACUGGCGAUGAGCUCCGGCGGCUCCUCACCGCCACCCUCAGCGCCGACAAAGCGUCCGUGGACGCCGCCACCGCCGGCCUCGACCGGAUCUCCGCGGCCGGCGACCCCAGCUUCCCCAUCGCCCUCCUCGCCGUCGCCGCAGGGGAUGGUGAUCAAGGGACAAGAAUAGCUGCUGCGACUUACUUGAAGAAUUUCGUCCGGCGCAACAGGGAAGGGGGGCUCUCGUCGUCCGAUCUCUACAGGGAGUUUCGCGACCAGCUCGCGCAGGCUCUGCUUCGAGUGGAACCUGCAAUUCUUCGAGUGCUGAUUGAAGUUUUUGGCCAAGUCGUGGAGAAAGAUUUUGUCAAGGAGAAUUCGUGGCCUCAACUUGUGCCUCAGUUGAAGCUGGUGAUCCAGAGCAGCGAUGCAAUUAGUCCAGGCCAGCAUCCUGAGUGGAAAACCAUUAAUGCUCUCACGGCACUCCAGGCCAUCCUUCGCCCCUUUCAGUAUUUCUUGAACCCGAAAGUUGUAAAGGAGCCUGUUCCAGAGCAGUUGGAGCAAAUCGCAGCUGAGAUUCUUGUACCACUGCAAGUGACAUUCCACCACUUUGCUGACAAGGUUCUACUACCGCACGAUGGGAAUAAGGUGGAAUAUGAGCAGCUCCUACUUAUCACAUGCAAGUGCAUGUAUUUCACUGUGAGGUCAUACAUGCCAUCUGGGGUGAAGCAGAUCCUGCCUUCCCUUUGCAAAGACAUGUUCCGUGUACUGGAUUCAUUGGAUUUCAACAGUCCUCCUGAAGAUUCAGCUACAGCAAGGCUCAAGAUUGCAAAAAGAUGUCUUAUUAUAUUUUGCACACUUGUUACUCGUCACAGGAAACAUGCUGAUAACCAGAUGCUACAUAUUGUCAACUGCGUAAUCAGAAUAUCAAAACAAAGCAUUCAUUUAAGUAAACUCAAUUCUCUCUCGGACCGGAUUUUUUCAUUAACAUUUGACGUGAUUUCCCGUGUAUUGGAGACAGGCCCUGGAUGGCGUCUUGUUUCACCCCAUUUUUCUUCACUUAUGGAUUCAGCAAUUUUUCCAGCAUUAGCAUUAAAUGAAAAGGAUAUAGCUGACUGGGAGGAGGAUACCGAUGAGUAUAUGCGGAAGAAUCUUCCCUCUGAACUUGAUGACAUUUCAGGGUGGGCUGAGGAUUUAUUUACUGCUAGGAAAAGUGCCAUCAAUUUACUUGGUGUUCUAGCCCUCUCAAAGGGCCCACCCGUUGUAUCUGCAGCUUCCAAACGCAAGAAGGGUGACAAAAGCAAAGGAAAAGGAGGAAGCUGCAUUGGGGAGCUAUUGGUCAUCCCAUUCCUGUCAAAAUUUCCUGUACCUUCUCAUGGAGAAGAUGCGUCAUCAAAGGCAGUGCAGAAUUAUUUUGGUGUCCUAAUGGCAUAUGGAGGCCUCCAAGAUUUUCUGAGUGAGAGGAAAGAUUUGGCGGUUACUUUGAUCAGGAAUCGGAUUCUUCCAUUGUAUUAUUUAGAUCCGUGUAGUCCAUAUUUGAUAUCUACUGCAAACUGGAUUAUAGGGCAGCUUGCCCUGUGCCUACCAGAGGCUAUGUGCACGGAUAUUUAUAAUUCUUUAAUGAAGGCAUUAAGCAUGGAAGAUGCCGAGGAUGUAACUUGUUAUCCGGUUCGUGCUUCUGCUUCUGGUGCUAUUGCAGAACUCAUUGAGAAUGGUUAUGCUCCGCCUGACUGGGUUGCCCUUUUGCAAGUUGUUGUGAAAAGGAUAAGCGCUGAAGAUGAAAACGAGUCUGCUCUUUUGUUUCAGCUUCUGGGAACAAUAGUCGAUGCUGGCCAAGAGAAAGUUGUGGCUCACAUUCCUGGCACUGUCUCUAACAUUGCCAAUACUAUUAUAAAUCUACUGCCCCCUGUACCAGAUCCAUGGCCUCAGGUUGUCGAACAGGGUUUUGCUGCACUGGUAGCUAUGGUUCAAGCUUGGGAUAGCUCUGCACCAGAUGAAAACAAGGAACAUGAGAAGAGUGCGUGGCAAUUAGGCCAGACUGCUAUCACUCAAACUUUUUCAACAGUAUUACAAAAAGCUUGGCUGUUGCCAGUUGAACAGAUGGAGCCGACUUUAGAUUCUGCACUGCCACCACCUUCAUGUGUAAAUGAUGCAUCCGUGUUGCUUGAAUUCAUCCUGAGGUCUAUUACUUCUAUGGAAGAAAUCACACACAUGAAUGUCUUUGAGCUAGUAGUUAUAUGGGCAGACAUCAUUGCAUACUGGGACUCUUGGGAGGAGGAGGAGGAUCAAGGAGUUUUCAACGCAAUCAAAGAAGCUGUCAGUUUCCAUCAAAGAUUUGACUCCUCUGGUUUCUUUCUGAAGAUGCUUCCUUCCCAAUCUGCAAAUGGAUCACAAAGUUCAGUCAUUAGUCGGGUUUCUAGUUUUGUGACCAGGGCCAUUGCAGCCUACCCCUCUGCAACAUGGAGGGCAUGCUCAUGCAUCCAUACACUAUUGCAUGCUCCAGAUUUUUCCUUGGGAGCAGAAGAUACUAGAAUGACUCUUGCUGUAACCUUUGGGGAAGCAACAUUUUCCUAUUUCAAGGGUGUAUCUGACAGCCCUGCUGGGAUAUGGAAGCCACUACUCUUGGCCAUUUCUUCAUGCUACAUUUGCUAUCCAGAUGCUAUUCAGCAAGUUUUAUGCAAGGAUAAUGGCAAUGGUUAUACAGCAUGGGCAUCUGCACUGGCACAAGUCUCAAGUAGCUCGUUUACUCCUGGGCUCUCGUCUGAAUCUGAGAUCAAACUGGCCAUAUUAACAUUAGCAACUGUGAUUGAGCGACUGCUGGCCCUUUCCAUGGGUGGCACCAAGGUGUUGCAAGACUGCUAUACAUCAUUGAUGGGGUCCUGCAUUCAUCUCAAGGACGUUCAAGAGGACGGGGACGAUGGUGAUGGUGAUGGAGCAGAAGAUCUUGAUGACGACGAUGAUGAGGAAGACACCGAUGACGAUGAUGAGGAUUCGGAGGAUGAUGAUGUGCGAGAAGAGACGGAAGAGGAAUUCCUUGCAAGAUAUGCUGCUGCUGCUGGCGAGUCAAUCGAGGUUGUUGAGGAAGGAGACAUAGAUGAAGAAACCCAAGACAUUGAACUGGGUUCCCUGGACGAAAUGGACAUACAACAAGUGGUUCUUUCACUGAUUCAGAAACAUACUGCUCUCCUCCAAGCGCAGGUUUUGCCAGAUGACCUAAUUGAGAGAAUUGCAGAAACAUUUCCUGAAUAUGAGCAGCUGUUGCAUGCUCACCAACUUAGGUGUUAGACUUGUGCAGAUUUUCUUUUCCAAACAUGUUUUCUAUGCUAGCUUUGCAGCUUUUAUUAGCUUUAUUUUGUUUGUCGUUCUUUUUGGAUACUCUGCUUGUUCUUUGUGCUCGUGUAUGAAAUGAUGGACUACAAUGUGUUACUGGGGUUUCACACUUUUGGUGGAUGAAAAAUAUCAUUUGUUUUA